AUGAGUGCAGCAGUUUUUGUUGGUCUUAGUUUAGCUGCAAUUGGAUUUACUGGGCGUUAUUUUGCUCGAUAUGGGAAAUUGAUUGUUGAAAGUUUAACGAAAACAAGUGGUUUUGUUGCAGAAGGACUUUCGUCGAAAUAUUAUAAAGGUGGUUUCGAUACAAAAAUGAAUCGACGUGAAGCUGCACUUAUAUUAGGCGUUAGUUCAACGACGAGUAAAACACGAUUACGCGAUGCUUAUAGACGAUUAAUUAUUCUUAAUCAUCCUGAUCGAGGUGGGUCCCCGUAUAUUGCUGCGAAGAUUAAUGAAGCAAAAGAUUUAUUCGACAGUGUAGCUAGAUAA